UUGGAAGAGCACUUGCCAGCGAAAGGCAAAUUUUCCAUGUUCGAGCCCUUGCCCGUCACACAGUUUUAAUCUGCCAGAGAUAUAAUAUUCUGUUUGUUUACAGUGCAGAAAAAGUAAUUACAUUUUGGUAUCGACAUCAAACAGGAAAUUAAGGUGUAGAAGAUACCGUUUUCCUACAGGCUGUUGGAAUCCAUGCCUAAAAGAAUAUAGUUUUUAAUCAGAGGCCCAGUUCUCGAUGCUGUACGUAUGUGCGUAAACCUUAGUAGUUAAGUAAUUUAUCUUCAUAAUUACUCGUAAACCCUGAAAUCAAUGCCAGUUAACGCAUGUUGCUCCGUUAGACUUAUCUACAGUCUCGCAACACUAUUCCAAGCAGUUGCUAGCAGACAGGAGUGUACGGUAUCACUUAAGUAAGGUAAUUAGCUAAAACAAAAUGUGUCAAGUUAAGGAGAACUGUUACUCAUAUAAAUGAAGACUAUGGAACAUAACAUGCCAGGGAAAAGUUUGAAAUUCGCGCCAUCUAUCGACGUCGCGUUCAUGGGAGUGUUUCCGCAAACGAGUCUGCUGUUGUUUUGCUGCGAUUAAUGUAUGCAACAGUAGCGGAAAAGACUUGCUUGUGAGGAAUAGGAAACAUGAAAUAGUAUUAAACAUCAUUGAAAUCAUGGAUGCUACAAAAAUUAGUGUGAUUGAUUCUUCGUCCACAACACAGCUCGUAAAGGAAGAUCUCCCAUUAAUACCUAAACAAACGGAUGAUUGCUGUACAAGAUGCUGCCAUUCGAUGUGGAGACGAUGUUGCAGAGAACGAGAAUUGAAACCAAGGACUAUAGUAGUUGGAAGAACAAGUACAGAAAAAUUUCCAGCAAAUGUUAUUCGCAAUCAGAAGUACAAUAUUGUCACAUUCUUGCCAUUGGUGUUGUUCCAGCAGUUCAAGUUCUUUCUCAACUUGUAUUUUUUGAUAAUGGCUACCAGUCAGUUCAUUCCAGACAUAAGGAUUGGUUAUCUUUACACUUACUGGGGCCCUCUGAGUUUUGUCCUAACCGUUACAAUUUGCCGUGAAGCAAUAGAUGACUUCAGACGUCAUCAAAGGGACAAGGAAGUAAACAGUCAACGCUACAGGCGUCUUGUUCGAGGUAGAGACACACCUGAACUAGUACCAUCAUCUAAAUUACGUGUCGGUGAUUUGAUUGUUGUUGAAAAAGAUCAAAGAGUUCCAGCUGACCUGGUUUUAUUGCGAACAACAGAAAGGUCAGGUGCGUGCUUUGUUCGCACUGACCAGUUGGAUGGUGAGACGGAUUGGAAGUUGCGACUUGCAGUGCCUGCAACUCAGAAACUUGAUUCAGACUUUCAGUUGUUUGAUAUAAAGGCAUCACUUUUCGUGGAAAAACCACAGAGAGACAUUCAUAGCUUUAUUGGGACCUUCACAAGGCAUGAUGGCUUUGGCAGUGAAGACAGUUUGGAUGUGGAGAAUACACUAUGGGCAAAUUGUGUUGUUGCAUCUGGUUCUGCUCUUGGAGUUGUUAUUUACACAGGGUCAGAAACACGCAGUGUAAUGAACAACUCUCAGCCUCGCAGCAAAGUUGGACUUCUUGAUAUGGAAAUCAAUCAGUUGACAAAGGUGCUUUUCUGCGCUGUGAUUGGUCUGGCAUUAGUUAUGAUGUGCCUGAAAGGAUUCAGUGGCCCUUGGUACCGUUAUAUGUUCCGUUUUGUUCUUCUCUUCUCAUACAUAAUUCCAAUAAGCUUACGUGUGAACUUGGACAUGGGAAAAGCUUUUUACUCUUGGUCAAUACAGCGUGAUGGUGAGAUAUCUGGUACUGUUGUGAGAUCCACGACAAUCCCCGAAGAACUGGGAAGGAUAUCAUAUCUUCUUAGUGAUAAAACUGGUACAUUGACACAAAAUGAGAUGGUAUUUAAGAAACUACACUUGGGAACAGUUUCAUAUGGCACAGAAACAUUUGAUGAGGUGGCAUCACACUUGAAAACAGCAUAUUCUCAGCAUCAGCAGUCAGAUGGCCCUUCUCCAACUCGUGAAGUGCUGUUAAUGCCACUAGGUACAUCUGGAUCGGUUUCUGGAACAAAAGUGCGACGCUCGGAGGUGACUCGAGUGCAGGAAGCAGUAAAGGCUGUGGCACUCUGCCACAACGUGACACCUGUGUGGGAGGAAGAACCAGAAGCAGCAGCUGGUAGCUCACUGGAAAGCCCUGUGUCAGUUGAGAGUCAGACAGAAGCAGAUCAGCAUUACUGGCAGAAGAGUCAGCAGAGUUGUGUGUACCAGGCCUCUAGCCCAGAUGAGGUUGCAUUGGUGCGAUGGACUGAGCAAGUGGGACUGGCUCUUGUUCGUAGAGAUCUUGUAAGCAUGCAGCUAAGAACACCAAGUGGUCACAUCUUUUCGUACUCUAUUUUGCAAAUCUUCCCAUUCACAUCAGAAACCAAACGGAUGGGUGUAAUAGUUAAGGAAAAUCAGACAGGAGAAAUAACAUUUUAUCUCAAAGGCGCAGAUGUGGUAAUGUCCUCAAUAGUCCAAUAUAAUGAUUGGCUAGAAGAAGAAUGUGGAAACAUGGCACGAGAAGGUCUCAGAACAUUGGUGGUUGCCAAGAAAACCUUAACAGAAGAGCAAUACCUUGACUUUGAGAGUCGAUACAAUGCAGCUCGUAUGAGUGUAUCAGAUCGUGUUUCUCGAGUGGCUGCUGUAGUGGAAAGCCUUGAACGUGAAAUGGAGUUGCUGUGUGUGACAGGUGUUGAAGAUCGUUUGCAGGAUCGUGUGCGCCCCACAUUGGAGCUCCUAAGAAAUGCUGGAAUAAAGAUAUGGAUGCUGACUGGCGACAAACUGGAGACAGCUACUUGUAUUGCUAAGAGUUCGCACUUAGUUUCUCGCACCCAGGGGUUGCACGUCUUCAAAUCUGUUAUGACAAGGACUGACGCUCAUCUUGAACUGAAUACUUUUAGGAAGAAACAGGAUUGUGCCCUGGUUAUAAGUGGUGAUUCUUUGGAGGUAUGCCUGCAGUACUACCAGCAUGAAUUUCUGGAACUGGCUUGUGGCUGUCCAGCAGUAGUGUGCUGUCGUUGUUCACCAACUCAGAAGGCAGAAGUGGUUCGGCUCAUACAGAGGCACACAGGCAAAAGGGCAGCUGCAGUUGGAGAUGGUGGCAAUGAUGUUAGCAUGAUACAGGCAGCAGAUGCAGGUUGUGUACCAUAUUGUUAUCUAGACAGUUUUACCAUAGAAAUAUAUUUCAAACUUUUUAAAACCAUUUUCACUGCGUUUUUUUUUUUUUCAGUCAGGUUUAAUGUAUCAUUUCUGUUCUUUCAUUUCUUUCUUUAUCCAGUUCUGCACAUUUCCCAAACUCCAUGCUUCAACGUAAAUAGAAAAAUUUUCUCGUCCCCAUUUCUUAUUCAAAUUCAUUGGUCUUGCUAUUUUUAUCUUCAAUGAAAAAGAUAAUUGUCUUAUAUAGCAACACCU